UCGCGUGAGUGGUAAAGAAGACGAGUCUGACACAUCUUCAAGUAAAACUCCUAUUAAAUAAUACUGACUUUUUUUCCACCUGAGAUACCGCAGAUGAUACUCUUGGUUAUAGCUACGUGCUGUAUUGGCAUUGCUGGUGCUGCUGCUUUUGCAACACCUGCUUUUGAAGACAAUAAAGAUGAAGAGAUUGAGUCGCUAAAAGUGUGUGAAGAACAAAACAUCAGCUUCUCCGUUCAGAUCGAGACCUCAGAGGAAGAUCCGCAGGUAUUUGUGACUCUCCUCUGUAACUCUUCAUCACUGGAGAUGGUAGCUCAGUUAAACUGCAUUAAAGGAGAGUGUUCACGCCAAUGCUGGAGAUCUGAAGAUUCACUCAUGUUUGACGGACAAAAUAUGACGCUGAUCCUGAUAAACGUCACAUACAGCCGAGCUGGAGUUUAUAAAGUCAGUAAACUCAGCAGCACACAGGAGGAAAACAAGAUGUACAAUCUCACCGUGUUCAGCAAGUCUCACACAGAGCCUCCUCUCAGCAGUUUGAGCCCACCACGAUCGUCUUCACCCCUGUACAACAUAUUAAUCACUGCAGGAUGCACAGUGGUGGGCAUCCUGCUGGUCUUCAUCAUUGUUGCUAUCAUCAGUGUCUCUUGUAGGAAAGCAAAGCACAAAAGGCAAGUAUGAUCAAUUUACAGAACAAUUUAUUUUACAAUAACUUUUUAUAACAGCCAAUGUCAGAAUGUUGACACAAAAUGUACAACCAUUAACAAAAUGGCACAUUUUCUUCACUUCCUGUCCUCCCAAAAUGUACACGACACAGUACACAAGUCAAAAUGCAUGUCACAAGUCAGUAUACAGUAUGCAAAUUAAAGAUACUUUACUCAUUGAACUAAAAUCACCUGUUCAAAAUAACAUUAACAUCUAAUUAACAGCGUUUCAAAAUGCAACUCACUCACUUCUACUGAAAUAAGUGUAUUGAUUUAAAUAAAAUUAUGUACUGAUCAACUGAUACAAGC